AGAACUGUGCAGUCAAGAAGAUAACCUUUGUGUCCGUUUCAAUUUAUCACUACAGAUUAAGCCUGAGGCUGGUAACAUCAACAGUGAGGACAAACCCAGCCUGCCUCUCUCCUUCCACACCGAGUCCAAACCUAGGGUCACUGGGUCCUGAUUGUGACAGUGGAGCCCAGUUUGCACUGCAGGAUCCAGAGAUGGCAUCAGUGAAGCUGGAAGACUGCAGUCAAACACUGGAGCUGAAUGUCAACAUUAAAGAUGAAGAAGAGGAGGAGAAGAUUGGGGAAUCUGUUUCUCAUGGACUAGAAUUAAGUGUGAGGCCAGUAACAUCAACAGUAAUGACAAACCCAGCCUGCUUCUCUCCUUCCACACUGAGUCCAAACCCACAGUCACUGGGUCCUGAUUGUGACAGUGGAGCCCAGUUUGCACUGCAGGAUCCAGAAAUGGCAUCAGUGAAGGUGGAAGACUACAGUCAAACACUGGAGCUGAAUGUCAACAUUAAAGAUGAAGAAGAGGAGGAGAAGAUUGGGAAAUCUGUUAAUCAUGGAGACCAUGUUGAGACAUUCUCUACAUCCAGAGAGCAUCAGCAGGAAGAUCACAUAGCAAAGAGGUCUCACCACUGCACACAUUGUGAGGAGAUUUUCCCAUUUCUAUCAAAGCUAAAAAUACACCUAAAAAUACACACAGGAGAAAAGCUUUACUCCUGCUCUGAAUGUGGAAAAUGCUUCAAAACAUCAACUAAACUAAAACUUCAUCAGAGAACACACAAAGGAGAGAAGCCUUUCUCCUGCUCUGAAUGUGGGGCGAGUUUCUCUCAACUGUACCACCUAAAAAGACAUGAGCGUUUACACGCAGGAGAGAAGCCUUACUCCUGCUCUGACUGUGGAUCGAGAUUUUCUGAACGGGGCACUUUAAAAAAACAUGAACGUAUACACACAGGAGAGAAGCCUUACUUCUGCUCUGACUGUGGAAAGAGUUUCUCUCAACUGGGUACCUUAAAACAACAUGAACGUAUACACACAGGAGAGAAGCCUUACUCCUGCUCUUACUGUGGAAAGAGUUUCUCUCGACCGUGCACCUUACAAAAACAUGAACGUAUACACACGGGAGAGAAGCCUUACUCCUGCUAUGACUGUGGGGCGAGUUUCUCUCGUCCGGACACCUUAAAACAACAUGAACGUAUACACACAGGAGAGAAGCCUUACUCCUGCUCUGACUGUGGAAAGAGUUUCCAUCAACUGGGUGCCUUAAAACAACAUGAACGUAUACACACAGGAGAGAAGCCUUACUCCUGCUCUGACUGUGGAAAGAGUUUCACUUGCCUGGGCAACUUAAAACAACAUGAACGCAUACACACAGGAUAGAAGCCUUACUUCUGCCCUGACUGUGGAAAGAGUUUCCAUCAACUGGGUACCUUGAAACAACAUGAAUGUAUACACACAGGAGAGAAGCCUUACUCCUGCCCUGACUGUGUAAAAUGCUUCAAAACAUCAACUUACCUAAAAGUUCACCAGAGAACACACACAGGAGAGAAGCCUUACUCCUGCUCUGACUGGAAAGGAUUUCUCUCACCUGGGCACCUUUAAAACAACAUGAACGUAUACACAAAGGAGAGAAACCUUACUCCUGCUCUGACUUUGAAAAAGUUUCUCUCAGGAGUAAGAGAAGCCUUACUCCUUUUCUGACUGUGGGGCAAGUUUCUCUCGUCCGGACACCUUAAAAUGACCUGAACAUAUACACACACUGGAGAGAAGCCUUACUCCUGCUCCAACUGUGGAAAGUGUUUCUCUUGAAUGUGCCAUUUAAAAAGACACCAAAGGAAACACGAGAGGAGCCUUACCACUGAUCUGACUGUAGGAAAUGUUAAAACACCAGCUGAGCUUAAAGGUCAUUAGAGAAAAGACAAAGGAGAGAAGCCUUAUUUCCGCUCUCAAUGUGGCAAGAGUUUUUCCCAAUUGGUCAAUGUGAAAACACACCAACGGAUACACACUUCAGAGAAGCCUUCUCACUGCACUGACUGUGGGAAGAGGUUCUACAGAUUGGGUAAUUUAAAAAUACACAAAUGUAUACAUAAAGGACAGGCCUCAUCAGUUCUCUCAGACCAGCUAAGAUUAGACACUCCAUUUAAUUCUCAUGUCAUUAAAUAAUUGGCAACGUUGAAUUUGAUCAAAUGAAGAAAGUGUAGAACACUAUUGUAAUCCUAUAGUUUCUCACUGUGAGAGAACAAUGCAGAGGAAAGGGAGCAUUAUAGAAUGUUAGUCUCUCUUUACUGAUCAGUGUGCACCUUGUCAGUUUUGGUGUGAGAGAGAAUAAAGUAGACGGCACACGUCAAACGUUUGAUUUAUGACCCUAUGUCCGGAUGACGUGUGCAUGCCCAUAUUUGGGCAUCCGGUAAGGACAUCCUGGCGGGAAGUGAUCACGUGGUUAUGCCCAUAUAUGGUCAUCCUGUUCUCCCACCUUAGAGUGAGUGUGACAAUAUGUAUAUAAUGCCUUUGAAGUUGUCAUGAUGAUUGAUGUCUAGUGACCUCUUUGAACUGGGGGGGGGUGACCAUUUCAAAGAGUUUGACCACCCCCCACCCCUGUUUUAUUGACCUUAGGGUUGUUGUCUAUGAAACACGAAUGUCCUGGGGUAUUGGGGUUGGCAGACACCUUAUAAAUAAAGCCCAGAACAAGACAUGCGUCCCCAGAACACUAAACAAGAUUUUUUAAAUCAGCAUGGAUUUUGUGAUCAGUGGCAAAGCAGUGAUGACUGUAACAACGGCAAUAUACGAUGCGCCAAAAAAACGGUUUCUAAGUGUGUAUAGAACCCAAAUAACGCCCGCAACUACGCUGAAAGAUCAAGUGCUGAUGCCUAAUGGACAUCAAUCGGGGUAUCGGUUUGAUUACCUGGCCUGUAGAGUGAACCUCUAUAUGGUAGCCGAAGGAGAAGAAUAUACAGACCAGACUUUAGGAGUGGACUACGGGCUUGACGACUGGACGGUUUUUCGCAAGGUUGUGUGUCCCGAACUGAGCCUUAUCAUCAAGGGGUAUAGCUUGUUCAAGGUGCCCCUGACUCCUCAGGAAGAAUAAUUCACAGGGUGAAAAUACAAAGAAAGAAUGGACUUCCAUGUGGCUACGUGGAGUUCUAUUUUGGCAACGAGGAAACCCGCAACCAAAACAUUUGAUGGUGGGGAUUUUAGGUUGCGCAUGCUUAUUCCUUUUCAAAUUUGGGAUCUAAUGGAAUUGAAAAUGUUCCAGCUGUUGGACGCUCUCUUUGUACAGAGCCAACAGCGGCAGAGCAUUGUUCGUGUAAAGAAGUGCAUAAUAUAUACGAAUCCUAAGGAUUAUGAUUCAAAGGAGCCCCAAGAAGGUACAUCCUCAGAAGGGACAGCCUCCGAAGAAAACGAAGUACGCGGUUGCGUUAACCACGCCCUGAUACCCAAAGGACUGGUUCAACAAUAAAAGGAGUGCCCUUAAAGCCUCCAGUUCUUCAUUUCAUCAUACACCAUGGAUAUUCAUACAACAUACCAGGACUCCGAUACGACAUGGGGGCCAGACCCUAAGGACUCUAUGCCUCGCAGCCCGGCUUUCUACCCCCCCCUGGCGAGACCCACGACACCCCCUACAUGUACACAGCCUGAGGACGUGUUUGAUGGGGUAGUCAGUACUAUUUUUGUGGACACCAUCAAGGCCUCUGUAGCCACACUUCUAGACGUGGUGAUUGGAGAAUAUAUAAGAGAGAAAUGCAUCGGUUGUGAGAUCAAUCACCCCAGCAAGUGCCGUAUAUGACCCGCCAAGAUACUACUUCUUCAACCAAUUUGAGGAGCUGGUGAAAAGACUGUGGUCCUGCAGGUUUAUACCAUCGCUGGUCAGAGCCCUGGAGUCUAUGGGUCUUGUGCCGUCUAUCCCCAGAGUUUACUUGGUAACCACGGCAUUCCUACAUGAACUGAAGGAGGCAAUCUACAUCCACGAUAAACUCAAAGAAAUCCGACACACCCUGUUGGACGACUAUAAAUACCGGGAAGUUGUGGUGGCUGAUGUGAUGACUUUCUGGCUCAAUAAACCCCAAGAGACCGAGUGACAUUUUGUUAUUUAGAUGUAAUGCAAUGGGCAAAUAUGUGUAUACGAUGUUAGAGAUAAUAAAUAAAUGUCUUCUUUUGAGAGAAUUUACAAAAUGUUAUGCAUCAGAUUAUUGAAAAUAAAGUGAACGAUGUAUCGUUCUACACAGCACACAAUGCCUGGGUUAAUGUAGAGUGUGUGCUGAAAAUGGAACAAAUCAUGAAUCAUGUUGUGGAUGAUUCUGAAGAACUAGAAACAACUUUGUCUAAGAUUUUACUUUAUUUGUUUGAAACACUAUUUAAUUGUAACGUGUAUCAUAUUUGUUGUUUAUAUGCUUAUAUAUCGGACAUGUGUGUUUUCAAAGUUCAGCGACACAAGUCUGUAAAUCAAAACCAAAUAUACAGGGUGUUGCAUGCUGUGAUCGUUGAGAAAACUGGGACAUGUAUCCUUCAAAGAAUCCUGAAUUGUCUGUAUACGUAAUACUUGAUGCAUGAAUAAAAUAAAAAUUCUAUAAUGAAAAUUAAAUGUUGUCGUUAUUUGAAAGUGGCUCAUUAAAGUUAUUGUACCUCAGAGAGGCAAGAAGGAUGGCGGAGCAGAUGUUGAAAAACAUUUAUUAUAAUCCCUCUAACCCCGGGUCUUAUGGGGGUAAGGAACAUUUACAGAGAGCUAUAGCCGAAGAAACAGGUAGCCGGUUAAGCGAUUCUAAAGUGAAUGAGUGGUUAUCAGAGCAGGAUGCAUAUACUCUCCAUAAACCUGUAAGAAAGGCGGAUCUAUGUGACAUGCAGGUCCUUGCAGAUAAAAAUGAUGGAAAUCGCUACAUGCUAACGGUUACAGAUAUUUUCUCUAAAAUAGUAUUUGUAAGGGGCUUAAAUAAGAGCGGGGCCCGGGCCUUUGACCCUAUCUUGAAGGAUGGAGGAGCCCCCAAGAAAGUGCAGACUGAUGGCGGAAAAUAAUUUUUUAAUAAUACUUUUCAGAAACUCAUGAAGAAGCACAAUAUAGUACAUUUUGCUACAGGCUUGUGUAGUAAAACUCCAAAUGGAUCUACCUCCUGGUCCUCUUCCCCUGUCUUACCCACCAAGGGUAGAGACAGAGAUUACCUCGCCUACUGAAAUACCGGAUUGGGCAAAGCCACCAGAAGACGAUUCAAGCCAACCAACUAUUGAACCUGACUGGUGUCAGGAAGAAUCACCCUCUGCCUCAAGUGACACCUCUGAAUGGGAACAGCUGAUAGACUCAUUGCUGAUAGAGUAAGGGCACUGUCAUAAACAGAGGCCCAUAUGCGCACUGUAAGAACAGUGUUUCCUCAUUGUUGCUAGAGUAAUAGGCUCUGUCAUAACCAGAGGCCCAUAUAUGCACUGUAAGAAAAGUAUUUCCUGUUGUAAGUUAUGGCAUCACCCUCUCUGCUCUGAGGGAAUGGGAGGAGCAGCAGAUCGGGUGCAGAGAAUCAAAAGGUAUAUAAAGAGACAUUUACCCUUACUUUAGCGCUGACUUCUUGAAUUCUGAAUUCAUUUAGACAACCAUUUGACUUCGGGUAAUUGCCACCUGACUCAAAUUACUUAAAGAUUCUAACUUGCUGGAUACCAGGGUAAGAGUCCGUUUACCUAUCGACCAGUUGACCCUGUGUGCAGCAUACGUUUGGACCGAGUGUACCGUUGUGACAAAGUCUUAAUUGACCGAGGAACACUGUAGCACCGGCCGGGUUGCUUGCCCCAGACACUGCGGUAGAUCAACGGCAGAAUUACCACCUGCUGAGAACGGUUGGAAAAUUGUUCGAAUCGACUCUGUCUCCGACUGACCCAGUGACACGUGUACUGUUGUAACACAGUGCCUUGCCCUGGAAUCGCGGUUGCGGGUUAUUUGACAAUACUAUCCAACCUGAGGGCAGGUUAGAGUACUCAGUCUAACUUGAAUCUCGAAAUUUAGUUGAACCAACGAUUCCUCAUAGGAGAGAUCGAUACAUAAACUAAAUGCUCAGAACUCUGACCGAUUGAAACACCGCUCCUGAUCUCGUGGGUCUCCCUGUCAUCUUUUAAAGGUAAUUAAGUUGAAGUAUUAUAUUUUAUUAGCGAUAAUUGUUAUCAUUGUACCAGGCAUUUAGAGCAUUAACCUGUUAGUACUCUAGGGGCAGUAUUUCAUUUUUGGAUAAAAAGACGUGCCCGUUUUAAGCGCAAUAUUUUGUCACGAAAAGAUGCUCGAAUAUGCUUGGAAUUGAUAGUUUUGGAAAGAAGAGAGUCUCACGUUUCCAGAACUGCAAAGAUUUUCACUGUGAGUCCCUUAGAACAAAUGCUUCGGGCAAAACCAAGAUGUAUGACCGACCAGGAAAUGAACAGGAUUUUUGAGGCUACGUUUUCCAUGAUCGCCUUAUGUGGCUGUGAAUGCGACAGGAAUCAACGGACACUUUAUCUUGUUUCCCCAAGGUCUCUGCAGCAUUGUGACGUAUUUGUAGGCAUAUCAUUGGAAGAUUGACCAUAAGAGACUACAAUUGCCAAGUGUCCCGCUUGGUGUCUGCAUGGCAUUUGGUGCGCAAAAGUCUGCUCCCAGUAUUUUUCCAUCCGAAUCACAGAAGAAUGCAGGCUUCCAGCAACGGCAUUUCAAUGAAGAGAUAUAUGACAAAACACCUUCAGGAUUGAUUCAAACAACGUUUUCCAUGUUUCAGUCGAUAUUAUGGAGUUAAUUCGGAAAAAAGUUAGACGUGUAGGUGACUGAAUUUUCGGUUAGUUUCGGUAGCCAAAUGCAUAGUAACAAAAGGGAACGAUGUGUCCUACACAAGAAUCUUUCAGGAAAAACUGGACAUCUGCUAUGUAACUGAGAGUCUCCUCAUUGAAACAUCUAAAGUUCUUCAAAGGUAAAUUAUUUUAUUUGAUUCCUUGGCUGGUUUUUGUGAAUAUGUUGCGUGCUAAAUGCUAACGCUAAAUGCUAAGCUAGCUAUCACCACUCUUACACAAAUUAUUGAUUUUCUCUGGUUCUAAAGCAUAUUUUGAAAAUCUGAGACGACAGGAUUGUUAAGAAAAGGAUAAGCUUGAGAGCAGGCAUAUUUAUUUCAUUUCAUUUGCGAUUUGUAGAAAUCGCUAACGUUGCGUUAUGGUAAUGAGCUUGAGGCUGUAGUAACGAUACCGCAUGCGGGAUGGGGCGGACUAUGAGGUUAAGGCAUUUGCAUGUUUUUAAUUAACGCUGUGUGUGACCGAGUAACAAAUUGUGUAUUUUGAAGUGUGUUUGAUUGUAAAAGACAAAAAACAGAGUGUUUUCAAAAAUAAACGGUAGUCUUGUUUUGUCUCGAGUAAAAGGUUCUCUCAAAGACAGUUAACGGCACGGGAGAUAACAACUCUGACACUCCCCGCUGCCGGGACACUGGAAACGGGGAUCAAAGCUCUAUGACAGAAUGAGUUACCAUUAAAAGACAA